UAGUGUCUUUCUAUAACUUGUAAGUUAGGUUUAAAAACCAACACUGAAUAAAUUUUGUUUGUAAUUUAGAGGGUGCAAGUGAUGAAUAAAUCAGCGUACGAACAAUGGCUCAGCUGUUGCAAAACGUUUUAUCUAUUUGCUACAUGCAUAUACAAUAUAUCGUUCUAGUUUCUCGACCCACGAUUCGGCAAUAAAUCUCCCGAUUGAUUUUUCGAUAGAUAUAUCAACUCCCACUUGAUGACAUUGCUUUGUUAAUUAAUUUACAUUUAGCCAGGUCGAAUGAAGGAAUGGAUGGAUAGCUUUCUUUUUUCCAAAUUGCAAUUGAACUGCCAAAUUAUAUGUCAUUAGUAUUUGUCGAUACGAUCGCACAAAAGAAUUGUCGCAAUGCCGCUUCUUUGUCUUUAUGUAUAUGACAUGUGUGUGCGAAUGAAUUUGAUUUACGAAUAUGUUGCUAAAGUGGAAGCCAUUACAAGUAAAUUAUAUUAAUUUUUCAUCGUGACAUAAUGCGAAAAUAUAUUUCUGUAACUUCACAUUAGUACGACAGUUUUAUUUGGAAUCCACAGAAAUGAACAUGUUUUGUGUGAAAAACAGUUAGAGUUGAGUUUUAAUAACAGUUUUAAGAAAAAACUAGUGUCACUAAUUCAACAGUGUUGGUUCAAAUUGACUAAUAAGAUGUUGUUGCUUUAUAUCGUGCUGGUUGGUUCUUUGUAUUUUUCUUUCGUUUGUGGUUUCCCCGCGAAUUUCCUGAGGAAAAUUGCCGAGAGCAAUCACUUUGACGAUUUUGAAAACUAUCUACCAAAAUUCGGUGAACUGCCCAAAUUUCAGUAUUCAACCGAUAACAACCUCAAUUUGUUGGAAGAUAUUUUAUUCAAGAAUCACACGGAGACCAAAAACAACAACGAGACGCAUUCACCUAGAAAUCUACUGGAAGAAAUUGGCGAUGUUGCGGAGUUCUUUAGGGAGGGCGCUGACGAAGGUUUCGAUAUGUUAAAGACAGUUCUAGGAAAUAACUCUGUCGAACCCAACUUAACUACUUUCCAAUCUUCCAAUCUAACCGACUCGACCCUUGAAACUACCACAAUCUUCGAUCUUGAGAAUGAAAAUGCUACACUACUUCACCCUAACGAUACCACCACUUUUCCACCACUUUUCGACUUGGAAGACACCAAUUCCACCCUCUUCAACGACACCAUGAGAUUCGCAAGACAAGAAGAAGAUUUGAAUGAAACGGCAGAGAAAAAGGAAAAAAAGGAAGAGGAUGACAAGGAAUUCGCGUCCCAAAUUGAUGAAGAAAGUAGCGAAGAGGAUGAAAACAUGAUCACUGGCCUUCUGGGUUCUUUGCUUGGAAGUUUAAGCAGACCAGAUGGAAGUAUAGAUCUUGAAGCAAUUACAAGUUUGUUGGGCAGUUUGAGUACACAAAAUCCUGAUGGCACCUAUAACUUUGACGGCCUUACCGAAUUGUUAAUGGGUUUCUUUGGAGGAGGUGGAGAGGAAGGUGGUUCAGAUGUGGCAGCAUUCCUUGGUGGAUUGGUUGGAGCAGUAUUGAAAGGAUCAGCACAAAAUCCACCCGGAGGGCCCAAAGGCGUCGGACUUUUCACAGGAAAACUAGUAGGAGGAAUCCUUCCAGCCUUGAGCGGCCCGCAACCAACUGUUGAUCCACAAUCAACAGCACCACCGCCAGCACCCUCGAUAGAUUCGGGCAGUUUUCUCGGAGGGCUGAUCAAAGGUGUUUUACAAAGCAGCGGAUUUGAGGGUCUAUCGGGAAUCAGUGGGAGCAGUUCUGGAAGUAGCAGUGGUGGCAACAAAGGAGGUGGUGGAGGAGGAUCCAAGUUUGGAAUUUUUAAAGCUAUCUUCUCUAUGAUUACUUCCAUUUUUACUUCAUCUUCAGCUAACAAACAGUAGAUUAUAAAAAUUAGUGUGAAUAUAUUUACUAACCAAAUUAUCUAUACUAACAGCUAAUAACAAAUAUAAAUAUUUUUGUACAGUAACCAUAUCUAUGAAGUUUUAUUUAUUGUUUCUUACCCUUUAAUCAAUGAUUUGUAGAGAAAGAAGAAGACCAAAAAGAGGAAGAAAAAGAGGCCGACUUAUGUUCCCGUCUAUGGCGGUGGAGAUACUUAUUACUCUCCAAUACCACCAGCACCUAGUUGCCAUCAAGAGGAAUACGAAUCAGAAUCUUCCUUUAUUGACUGGUAUGGUAUUUUGAAGUCGGUCGCUGGAUUUGUUCUUCAGAAAGUGAUUUACUCCACUUUUAUGUCGACCUAUUAUGGUAGAGCAUACAACUCUACAACAUCCCAUUGAGGAAACCUUAAUUAAA